UUAGAAGUUGCGUGAGGUUCGAUGACUCCUCACACGUGAUCGCGCCCUAUCGAGUACACCGACUGUGCCUACCAGAACUGGGAAGGGAGAUAGCAGAACGUAAGCGUGGAUAGAUAACGGUAAGUUCGUCGCGGCUCGCGAGGAAGAACACGGUCGCUCGAUCUCGGGAAGCUCACAUUGGUUUCAGUUCGGUGUCGACCGGCCUGUGUACCACCACCUCAGAGUCUCCUCCGACUAUUGACCGCGUCCGUAAAAUUGGUUCCUCUUUAAGGAUUCCUGCAACUUUACCGAUGAUUCUGGAUAGAAUGCGGCUGACGUACACGUCAGCGGCCGUCGUUGGCGCCGGGACGGUAGCCGUUUUCCUCUGGUGGUGGUGGACCAAGAGGCAGAAGGAAGCGUUACCCUCGCAAUGGCGGAAGGUCGGCGAGCUCAGCGAUCUGAUCGCGUUUCCGGUGAAAUCGCUCGGGUCCGUACGAAUGACGUCGAUGGAUUGUAUGCCACUGGGCUUGCAGUCCGGUUGGAUGAGGGAUCGGACUCUGUUGGUCAUCGACCUCAACGGACACUUUGUCACCGCCAGACAAGUCCCAAAGAUGGUCCAGGUGACACCCAGUUUCUCCGGAUCAGUUCUCACGCUUUCCGCUCCGGGAAUGAUGUCCAUGUCCCUCGAUUUGUCACAAAUCAAAGGUAAGGGAUUCCGCGUGGCUGUUUGGGGUCAGGUCGUGGCAGCAUGCGAUUGCGGCGAAGAACCAGCAAGAUGGUUGUCACGGUUUCUUCUUCAGGAAGAUGUUGGCUACAGGCUGGUCUACUAUCCAUUGCAGUAUCCGAUGCGAGAAAUCAGGAAGAAGAACAACGGAUUCUUUUUAACCAAGAACGACACUGGAGCCUAUCCAGACGCCACCAGCUAUUGCCUGAUAAACGAAAGUUCGGUGAUGGACCUGAAUACUCGACUAGAAAAGUCGAUAAAUGCUGAACAGUUUCGUCCAAAUUUCGUCAUAAAAGGCGCCGCUCCGUACGAAGAGGAUACUUGGGGCUGGGUGAAGAUCGGCGAUGUGAUCUUCAAGAACGUUAUGCCGUGCACCAGGUGUAUCUUCACUACCAUCGAUCCGACGACGGGUGAAAAGAAUCCUCAGACCGAACCCUUGAAAACUCUCAGAGCUUACAGGCAAAUAACGGAUCCUAGUUUCCGGAAGUUCGUCGGCGACAGUCCAGUGUUGGGAAUUCACCUUGGUCUUCGAAGUUCGAACGGUACCGUGCGAUUGGGGGAUCCAGUUUACGUGAGCGAGUCUACCGAACGACUGCCGCGGCCGUUGAUCACGCCUCCCUAGCUACACCGGUGGGCUUCCUGCGAAGAUGAAAUACUCGUCUACGAGGAAGCCUGCGAAUCGUCCAACACAGACUCUUUGCCUACCUAGUCGAGCAAUAAGAAUAAGUCGUAGAAAAAGCCUAAUGGAAAAUGAAUUUUUCAAUU